AUGUGGGUCGAACUCUCUCAUUGCGACAUUAAUUUCAUCCGAGCUCAAGACAAAGUUCUUCUCUCACAGCUGCAACAGUGUCAAGAUAACAUUGAACGGCUUAAGAGACAGCGGCAACAGGCGGCCGAACAGCAACACGAACUACAAAGUCUCGACGACGAUUCGUAUUGGGAAGACUGGGAGAUCUCAGAAUUUGACAUGGAAGACAAGAAGAAUUUUGGCCAUCAGAGUUUAAAUUCGAAAAGAUUUGCUCACAGCAAUCCUGAAUUAAGCAAAUCGCUUCUCGCCACGUAUAAUGGGAACUGUCCGAGUAUAAAAAAAGACUUAGAAAUCCAAAAAGAGAACUUGAGGCGGAGUGGAGGUCAGGAGCUGAAAAAGAAAGAAAGAAAGAAACAUAAAGGUUUGGAUGACAAUUUUGAAGGGGAAAAACAUGAGCUAAUCAGGUGGCGUUUGGACAUAAAGCAAACAAAGUAA